CAGGAAUCUCACAACCCAUUACAUCUGCUGUAGAUCAUCCAGAAGAGCGCGAGGCGCGUUUAACAACCUGUCUGCGUUAUUCCACAGCUCAUCAACAGGAAGAAGAACACUGGAAGGCCAAUGGUUUACUGCAGCUUUUAUGCAUCCCAUUUCUAUUACUAAUUUAUUUUCUACUCGAGGAUGAAAAUCAAACAUAGGGGGGGUUUCUGAAGUUUUGCAGAAGCUGCCUCUGGACUGCAUGGAAUAAUAGUGUGAAGAAACUAAAUGACGAACAGUAAAAGCAUCAAAGUGCAAGCCACUAGACGGUUUUUGAUUCUGGACAUCGGCGGAUCGUUUUAUUAAAGCACUUUUUGUUUCCGCGCACUUUUGCGCAUCCGUCAUUUCCAUUGCAUUGAUUCAGGACGGCAUCAGCAUCUCUCUUGUGUGGAUUUUAAAAGAAACCAGACCUUUGAGUCAGAGGAUGGAGGAGCAGAGUCAUCUGAUGCAGACCCUGGGCGGCGUGACCCUCGCCGGACACCCGAUGGCUUUACCGGUGUCUCAUGACGGAACCGACCCGAGAAACAAGCAGGACAUCGGAGACAUUCUGCAUCAGAUCAUGACCAUCACCGACCAGAGCCUGGACGAGGCUCAGGCAAAAAAGCAUGGGCUGAACUGUCACAGAAUGAAACCGGCUCUGUUCACCGUGCUCUGUGAAAUCAAAGAGAAAACAGGUCUCAGUAUCCGAGGCAGUCAGGAUGAAGAUCCUCCGGACCCUCAGCUCAUGCGUCUGGAUAACAUGCUGCUGGCAGAGGGCGUGUCCGGACCGGAGAAAGGGGGCGGGGCAGCGGCGGUUGCUACGGCAACAGCAGCAGUUGGAGUGGGAUCUGAUAACUCCAUUGAGCACUCGGACUACAGAGCCAAACUCAGCCAGAUCAGACAGAUCUACCACACCGAGCUGGAGAAAUACGAGCAGGCAUGCAAUGAGUUUACUACCCAUGUGAUGAACCUGUUGAGGGAACAGUCUCGCACGCGGCCCAUCUCACCCAAAGAGAUCGAGCGCAUGGUCAACAUCAUCCACCGCAAGUUCAGCUCCAUCCAGAUGCAGCUCAAGCAGAGCACCUGCGAGGCCGUCAUGAUCCUCAGGUCCCGCUUCCUCGACGCCAGGAGGAAAAGGCGCAACUUCAGCAAGCAGGCGACAGAGAUUCUGAACGAGUAUUUCUACUCUCACCUCAGUAACCCGUAUCCCAGUGAGGAGGCCAAAGAGGAGCUGGCCAAGAAGUGUGCCAUCACUGUAUCACAGGUUUCAAACUGGUUUGGUAAUAAACGUAUUCGCUAUAAGAAGAACAUUGGUAAAUUCCAGGAAGAGGCGAACCUGUACGCAGCGAAGACAGCAGUGACGGCGACUCAAGCCGUGGCGGCCGCCGUACACAACAGCCAGACCACCUCGCCUGCAACACCCAGCUCUGGCUUUCAGAUGAAAGAUGAAGACUUUCAGUUGGAUGCGGCAGAAGAUAAAAACAAUCUGUUAAACAACAUGUUCACUGGUUCUUCAGGUUCGUAUAGUUUGCCGGGUUCAGGAGACAUGUUUAUGAGCAUGUCUGGUCUGAACGGAUCCUACCAACCGACCCAGGUCCCCAACGCAGGACAGACACAGGGAGACUCCAUACGUCAUGCCAUCGGUCAGUCGUUGGGUUACAGCGACGGUCUGCGGGGAAACCCGCUUUACAGCCCGCAUGGCUUGAAUCAGGUCUCCUGGAGUCAUUAAGACAGACGUUGUAUGAUCAAACCGUCGCUCCAUGAGCCGACAAAGACGACCGCUGAGAUUAAGUCAGGGAGGGGUGAUGCACUUCUGUGAAAAGGCAAAGAUAAACGUAUGGAUUCAGAUUAAUAUUCACACAUGCACACAGGGCUGUUUGCUGGGAUAGAAAGCAAAUGCAUUCCAUUUUCCAUUUUCUAAAAUGCAUCUAAUGACAUAACACAACGACAUGCACGGCUCUUAGCAGUAUAUAUCUGCAUUCUUAUUGAACCACGCUUUCUCUCUCUCUCUGAGAGAAUUUGCAGUCCAUUUCCUUAUCACUAUAAUAAAAUAUGAAACUGGAAUUGCCUGAAGCUUUGUACAGAUGUGAAUAGCGUCUUCCCAGAUGAGGUCUGAUAAGACACGCUUUAUGAUGGAGUCGAUCUGGAGUCACAGCACUAAAGGUUCAUUUAUCUACUGAGGCAGCCAUGUCGACUCUCUAAUACUGAAAACAAUCAUAUCACAAAGAGAAGUAAAGGGCAGUGCGGAUAACUUCAGAUGUCAGGGAUACUUACUAACAUUUAAUCUUAACAUUUUCACAACCAUCACAUAAUGUUAG